AUGCAGGACACGUGGAGUGUUAAUCUGGUUUGCGAGAGAGAGAUGGUACGGGAACUGAUCAUGCUGGGAACUAUUGGAAGCGGGAUGACGGCUCGGGUGAAAGCUGCGCUAUCUAUCACGGAGCAACGUUUCUACGCAGUGAAAGUGAUUGGCAAGGGGACGAUCUGGAAGCACGGGCGGAUGGGAGGACAUCUAGGCGGGGGCGUGGUUAGUCGUGCCGGAGACUUGACGAUGGAUUGCUUGCAAGAAGCGAUGGUGCUGAAAGACUUGAAACAUGAGAACGUUGUUCGGCUGUACGGUGUGUUUGAGAGCGAAGAGCUGGAGAGGUUUUACUAUGUAACUGAGUACCUGCCGAGCGGACCUGUGAUGAGGUCGCACAACUUACAGACGGAGAAGCGACUGAGCGAGGAUAGAGCGCGCUCUGCGUUUGUGGACGUAUUGGCAGGGCUGGAGUACCUGCACAGCAAGAAUGUUGUGCAUCGAGACAUCAAGCCAGACAACCUGCUGAGCAGCGGUGAUGGGACAGUGAAGAUCAGCGAUUUCGGGGCUGCGAUCAUGUAUAGAGACGGGGCAGAGGCGACAGGGGAAGAGGAGGAGGAGAAAGUUAAAGAAGAGGGGGAGGACGGGGAGGAGAAAGAGGAAGAGAAAGAGGAAGAGAAAGAGAAAGAGAAAGACGAAGACGAAGACAAAGACGAAGACGAAGACGAAGACGAAGACGAAGAAGAAUGCAGAGUUGGGAAGCGAGUGAGAGGAGGUGGAAACGUGGACAUAGGGACGCCGGCGUUCACUGCGCCGGAACUGUGUAUCAGUGAGCAUGCGCCAAAGCGUCUAGAGCGGUGUUUUGCAGCGGACAUAUGGUCGCUUGGGGCGACGCUAUUUUACUUUUUAUACGGUCGACCACCACAUGUGGAGAAGACGGUGCUCAACAUGUACGAUGCGAUUUGCACGGAAACUCUGUUGUUCCCAUCGUACCCUGUGAUUCCUGUAUCGCUUCAGACUCUGCUACGACGGAUGCUGACGAAGAAACCGGAAGACAGGGCCAAGAUCGGGGAGAUUAUCAAAUCCCCUUGGCUCGUGCAAGAUGCGCUGAUUUCAGAAAAGGUUAGCACGCUGCGGAAACGGGUGGAAGGCAAGACGAAGAGAAAGGGGUGA